CUGCACGAUCUGCCCACCGUGCUGGUUUAAAAUAAACGAGCUUCACCCAAUUUAAUAAGAUGGAGCAGCUGCGCAUCGUACUUCUGUGAUAAUAGUAUAAAAAAGGAGCCCCUAAGUGAAUUAAUGGACAUUGAAUUUAUUGAUCCUGAUCUAAAUAUUAAAGAAGAACCCGAUGAAAAGACAAAUCCGAAGGCUAAAAAGUCAACAGACAUCUCAAGUGAGAUGAUAAACCAACUUUGCGAACUAGAAAUGCCAUCUUCGAUUAGUAACGAAACAACAAAUACUGAGGCGGACCUGCUGAAUCCUUUUAGUGAACUAAACUGCCAUAAAAUAAAAAAUAACAUUUUGGAGAAACUUGAAUUAAAGAAUGAUGUAACCAAUUUGCCCAAAAUUGCAGGCAUAAAAUCAACAAAUUCAGAAAUCCGAAAAAAGCAGAAAUACGUUACACGGCAAUUAUUGGGCUCUAAAAAAAUAAAGCGUAAAAAUGAAAGAGAUAAAUCUACAAAACCAAAUGAUUGUUCGGAAAAGGGGAAACGCCGAUCAAGUAUUAAAUCAAGUUCGGAAGACAAAGAAAUGGUUAAGAAAUACAUUCCCAUGAUCUGCGAGUUAUGCACAUUUAUCAGCGAAGACCAUUCAUCUGUUAGAAAACACUUCCGAAAACAGCAUCCAAAAAUCAAAGCAUACGUAAGAUGUUGCAAUAAAAAAUUAUUUCACCCUCUUGAGAUCAUACGUCAUGCGUAUAAACACGAAAAUCCUGAAUUUUUUAAGUGUAAAGACUGUAAAAAAAACUUUGCGGAACAGUCAACACUCUCCCGUCAUAUGAUAACUGCUCAUGCACCAGAGGAGGAACUAAAUUACAAUUGUGAUCAAUGUCCAAAAAGAUUUCCUUGCCAAAAGAAACUUGAACUUCAUAAAAAUUCGCAUGUACCCCAAAACGAGCGGAUAUUCGUUUGCGACCUAUGUCCUAAAAGUCGCUUCGCCACUAAUGAUCUUUUGAAAAUUCACGUAUGUAUGCGGCACCGUCGACCAACCAAUGUCUGUCAUGUGUGCGCUAAAGAGAUACGUGAUAAAGCGUCAUUUGAAAAGCAUGUGCGGUCGCAUUUCGAUGAUGGUGGUCCGAAGGUAAAAUGCACAUUGGAUGGUUGUGACCGUUGGCUCAAGGAUGAAGAUAAUCUUCGACGACAUAUACGGAGAUUACAUACCAAAGAUCAAAAAGCGGUUACAUGCGAUACAUGCGGGCGGGAAUGUAAAAAUCAAGAUGCAUUAACUAGACAUAAAUAUCGCGUUCAUUCGAAUGUCGUAUUCACCUGCGAGGAAUGCAAAAAAACUUUUAAGCGAGCGAUUUAUUUGCGGGAACAUAUGGCACAACAUACUGGUGAAAUUCUUUACAAAUGUCCAUUUUGUACGCGUACUUCCAAUUCUAAUGCGAAUAUGCAUUCGCAUAAAAAGAAAAUGCAUCCCCUAGAAUGGGAUAAUUGGAAAAAAAAUAAUAAUGGAAGUUCACAACAGAUAUUAAGUGAUCAACAGGAAAAUACACAAAAUUUGUAUUCAUUAUGUAACAAUUAAUACAUAACCAUAGCGAAAGUUUUUGCAUUAAAUAUAUAUAUGUACAGUUAGUAUAAUAGCGCUUGGCUGCGAAUAUUGUAUUAUUAUUAAAUGUCUUAUGACUCCACAUUUCAUUUCACAAAUAUACUUAGCUAGGGUGAGUUUAACCACCAGCCAUUUAUUGUGCUGUAA